GUGGAUCCUAGGCUAGUAGAUCCUCAGACUCAGCGCAGUAGAUCUACGUGGUCUACAUGACUGUACUUCACAGUAGAGACGAUCCACGACUGGAACGGAAGCUUUCCAGUUGCUGUCCUGUUUUGUUCGUCUAGCGCUGAAACUUGAAAGGACACAGUCCAACCCUGCUGUAGUAUCUGUUGCAGUGUUGGUCUCUUGGCGCGAGCUGCUGGGGAUUACGUUAUUUUGAAGCCGGCGGAGCGCCUUUGUAUCAGUUGCAAGGUCGACUUUUCAUAAGCAAUCUCGGAACCCUCGACACCUGUGAGCUGCAAUCAGCAUGUCAGGCGCAACAACACAAACACCCUCCUCUGGCGUUGCAGCCUCGCCGCCUACCUCUGUUCAAGCUCCUGGACAAGUAACGCCUACGCCAGCAGAAGCACCAGCAUCAGCAGCAGCAGCAACAGUAGCAGCAGCGGCAGUGCCGGGGACAUUGGCCCCCACGGCUAAUCUUCACGUGGACAGUCAACUAGGCGAGAUGAUAGGUUCGAAACGCCUUAAAGAUAUCGACGACCACACACAAUUUGCGCAGAGUCUUCAAGAUUUCUUCAAUAGAAAUGAAAAGAAAGACUUCGGUCGCAAAGCAGUCGAGGCUGUGGACUCAAGCCGUAACAACGAUUCGCUUGUCGUACUGGGACAUUUUCAUGAGGACAAAAAGGAAUCCAUCAAUGGCCCGUGGAAGGGCCAAGAGAACUUGAUGUGCAUCAUCUACUAUCUGAUCGUCAAGAAUGGAGAGAUGACUAUACAUGAUUUGUUUGAGAUGCUCAGAGCAUGUGCACCGGAGAACACAGACGCAAUAAAGAAAGAGCUGAUGACGGCUUCGUACAACUGAGCAGUGUCGUGAAGUCACCAUGGCAACUACCCAAGUACACUACGCGAAGGUCGCCAGAUGUCUGGGGCAUAGUUGUCUUCUGCGGUUUGUUCUUGCGAAACUGCGCGCUGCAUUACUCUGCAUUACUCUGCAUUACUCUGCAUCACUCUGCAUUACUCUGCAUCACUCUGCAUCACUCUGCAUUGCUCUGCAUUACUCUGCAUUACUC